AUGGGCUAUGUUUAUGAUGGCAUGCAAAGGGCAAAGAACGCAAUCAAGCGGAUGUUCAAGGAUAAGAGUGAAUUGUAUAAGCCGUACACAGAUAUUAUUUCAGCUCGAUGGGAUAAACACUUGAAGCGUACUCUUCAUGCAGCAGCUUACUUUCUAAAUCCUGGAUUCUUUUAUGAUCCAAGUUUUCUUGAAAAGGAUAGAGUUGUGCAGUCACUUGUUGAUUUGUUGGAGGUGAAAAGUCCAUGUGCUAGCUUACCCAAAGCCCUUCUAGAGAUGAAUGUCUAUCGUGAGCGGAAAGAUUCAUUUAGUCGAGCAAGUGCUUUGCAAGCGGCAAGCCAAAUUCAACCCACUCAAUGGUGGUCAAUAUAUGAGAGUAGUGCUCCAUUGUUACAAAAGAUUGCAAUUCGUAUUCUUAGUCAAACAUCAUCAUCUUCAGGGUGUGAAAGAAAUUGGAGUCUCUUUGAACGCAUCCAUACCAAAAAACGAAAUAGACUUGAACAUCAAAGGCUAGGUGAUCAUGUUUAUAUUACUUAUAACUUGCGUUUGAAGAAAAGGAGUGAAUUGAAGAAGAGAACUUAUGAUCCUGUUGAUUAUGAAUGCAUCAAUAAUGUUGACUUUUGGGUAGUUGAGGAAGAAGCACCUCCUGAGUUUGAUGAUAAUGAGGCUGAGCUUGAGAAUAACAUUUAUGAAGAUGAUGCAAGAGAUGUUGCAGGUGGUGAAGGAGUUGACAUUUCAGAGGAGCCACUGAUGGAGUCAGUUGAUUUUCAAAUUGGGGCAAAUGUUGAAUCAUCGUCGUUUGAUGGAAUAGAGUUCAAUCUUAAUGAUGUUAAUGAUUUCUGA